GAAGCCCACCCACCCUCAGGGAUUCACCUCUCUCUCCACACUGACUCUGCAUACAGCGCUGUUAAGCCCAAACGAUCCGAAGGAAGUUUUGGAAGUGAACUUUUUUUAGGGGGUAAAAUCUCGUUUCUUUACGCCGGGAAAGUUUAAUUAAAGAAUGGCCAACUCCGGCAUCCAGCUGCUGGGCUUUUUCCUGUCUUUGGUUGGGAUAGUAGGGCUGAUAAUCGGCACCAUCCUGCCUCAGUGGAAGAUGUCUGCCUACAUCGGAGACAACAUCAUCACUGCAGUGGCCAUGUACCAGGGACUGUGGAUGUCCUGCGCCUUCCAGAGCACCGGGCAGCUGCAGUGCAAAAUCUAUGACUCCAUCCUGCAGCUCGACAGUUCUCUCCAGGCAACUCGUGCCCUGAUGAUAGUUGGCAUCAUCGUGUCCUUUGCGGGUCUGGGUGUGGCUUGUAUGGGAAUGAAGUGCACCACCUGUGGAGGAAGUGAUAAACUCCGCAAAUCUCGUGUUGCCAUGAUAGGAGGCAUUAUUCUGCUUGUUGGAGGGCUGUGUGCCAUUGUGGCAUGUUCUUGGUUUGCUCACAAUAUCAUCAGGGCUUUCUAUAAUCCCUACACUCCAGUCAACACCAAGUUUGAAUUUGGAGCCGCCAUCUUCAUUGCUUGGGGCGGCGCUCUUCUAGAUGUUUUGGGCGGGGCCAUGUUAGCCGCCUCCUGUCCAAGGAAGAAGCAGGUAUCCAGGUACCCGAAUAUGGCCGGCUCUCGCUCCAGCCCUCCAAGCAGCAAUAAGGAAUAUGUCUGAGAUCUCCCUCUGCUGGCUGGGACUGCUGGGUAUCAAAAAGACAAGAAGAAGAAGAAAGAAUGACCCCCUCAGUUUGUUAUAGUGUCAGAGGAACAGAAGCGAAGAUGACAGAGUAGCAAACAGAAUCAAGGAGAACAAAAAUGUGACAUACUUUACUUUUAUAUGCACAGCCAUGGCUUUAAUGAGAAUUUAAUUAUCAUGCACAGCUCUGAAUCGUCCCAUCAAAGCCUUUUCUCACUCCAUCCACACAUUCCGCAGUUGUUUACAAUUGGUCUUCUCAAAUACAUUAUAAUUGGAUACCCCUAUUUAAUACGCGAGGCGUUACGGUGUGACCCCUUGGUUUGCAGCCUAACAUUAUGGAUUAAAGCCAAGCUUUGCAGCAGUAUGUCAGAGCUAGCAGUUAUUAGCACCUGUCAUGUAAUUGAAAGUAAUCAGAUCCACCGUGGUGUGCAGGCUGCAGCUCUGUCCACGUGAUGAUAAGUCAGUGUUUUAUUGUUUCGGUGUGUACUAAAAUAGAUGUUACAGUGAGCAUGGUGUGACUUCUCACACAGACCUCAUUGUGUAGAGUGAUUAUACCAAACAACACUCAAUGCUCUUUAGAUUAGUCUCUUAGACACUGUUAGAAAUAUUUGUUGUUUUUUUUACCCCUGUUGUAAUCAUAUUUAUUUCAUUGAAGGUUAAGUUUAAGUUUGAAGGGUCUGUAGUUUGAUGGUUAUGUAGAUUUUACUCUGUUAUUCUCUGAGAUGUAACUCCUGUUCUUUAUAAAAGUCUGGCUCUUUUUUCCAGAAUAAUGUGUUAAAAGAGUAUUUUUAACAUGUGAAAACAUAGUGAAAUAAAAACACUGCAGACAUA